UAAGAAAAUGUUAGUCGAUGCCGUGUUGCAAUGGCGAUAAAAUUGAUUCUGCAUCAUGUUGGUGCGGUGGUGAGGGUGAUUAAGAAGAUGAGAGACCGAGAUUGUUUCUGGUGGGAGGAUAGGUGUGAGUGCUCGCUGAAGAAUGGUGGAUACGUUAUUGGAUGGUUCGGAGUUAUUUAUCGGAGCGCAGCGAUUUUUACUCUAGCGGUUUUGAUCCCGGAAAUGGAAGACGAAGAUGAUUACGUUAGGGUCAUGUUGCUGAGUAUACUGUUAACGUACUUUUUUAUAUCCUUAGCAGCGAAUUUUCUUCUGAUUGUGGGUCUUAGUAAAAAACACCCUAACUAUCUACUUCCAUAUUUGGGAAUAUAUGGUGUCGAAAUAUUGGUGCUUCUAGCCUCUCUGCUUGGAGGGAUUAUUCUGAUUGUAAAAAUGGUGUCCGCACGUAUUUUAUAUUAUUUUGUGCCCUGUGGACUCCUUAUUAUAGGCUCAUACGCUUACUGCUGGUCCCUUCUGGUGCGCCUUUUCCACGAAUUCAGGCAAGCAUCCGUCGAAACCAGCUCGCUAACCUCCCAGCUAAGUGAUUGUGGAUACGUCAAAUUCAGGUGCAGUUGUUUCAAGUCGGACUCUCUCUACGUCGUUACCUAACAAUAGCCGAUCCCCUAAAUAAAUAAAACUAAUGUGGAACGUAAUCUCAUCUUAGCGAAACCGAGUGUUCUGCUUUCUGUUCUCUGGGACUAUAAAUUAACCCCAAUAAACCCAUUCACAUCAAUUCCCCAUGAAUUUAAGUCAAUUUGUAGCAGACCGCCGGAAAAGCACUCUCCUUAUCUUUUGUAUCAAUGAAGAAUUUGUUCUGGAGAGUUCUUUAUAGUUAUGGAUUGUUCCUUAAGUUUCCUCGGCACGGAAGUUAUCCAAUAUCUACUCGUUCCCAGGACACGGUCGAACCAACUACUGCCAAAAACGUGUCUGCUGAAGAUGCAAUCUAACUUAUGGGUUUAAAUAUAAUUUUUCAGCGGGAAGAGGUGGGUCGAUUUGUUGUGGAAGUACGGGCGAUAUACCACUUUGACAGAAACGAAACAGUAAUUUACACACGUGCCAUAAAUAACAAGAAAUGGAAACGGAUGGGUGGGGGCAGCUGGGACUCGAUGAUAGUUCCAGGAAAAAAAUGGUAGCUGGAUUUUUUAUGUAUCAAUUCUUAAUAAAUAUUUUUACUAUU